AUGAAUCUACGAGUUGCUAGGAUCGAAGAUUUACUGAACACACAACACUGUAAUCUAUUAUGUUUGCCUGAAAAUUAUCAGAUGAAAUAUUACUUUUAUCAUGCCUUAUCUUGGCCACAGUUAUCUUAUGUCGCUGAAGAUGAUAAGGGUGAUAUUGUUGGUUAUGUGUUGGCAAAGAUGGAAGAAGAAGCAGAUGAUGAACCACACGGUCACAUUACUUCAUUGGCUGUAAAACGUUCAUAUCGUCGUUUAGGUCUUGCCCAGAAGUUAAUGGAUCAGACAGCCCGAGCUAUGGUUGAGACAUUCAAUGCAAGAUAUGUUUCGCUUCACGUACGUGUCUCGAAUAGAGCUGCACUGAAUCUGUACCAGAAUACUCUCAAAUUUGAAAUUUCUGAUGUGGAACCAAAAUAUUACGCAGAUGGUGAAGAUGCAUAUGCAAUGAAGCGUCCUUUAGUGCAGUUUGCAGUUGAAAAUAAUAUUGAACCAGCCGAUAAAAAAGCAUUUUUUAGUGCUAAAGAAGAACGAGAGCAUGCCAAAAAGCAGAAAAACAAUUAG